AUGUCGUCGACACCGUACCCGCUUGCGCCACUCGACGUGCCCCUGAGACCGUCGCUGGUGGUGCUGGCAGUGCUGACGGUGCUGUGCACCUCGACCACCGCCACCAAGGACGGCGUCGAGGGCCGCCCCGUGCGCCACCGCCACUACCCCCCGCGCCCCUUGACCACCGCCACUACCGCCGCCAAUGCCACGACCACCGCUGUUGCUACGCCAUUGGGAGACCGCCUCUGGCUCUUGGAUAAGUGA